CUCUCCCUCUCUGUUUCUCUCUCCCAUUCUCUGUGAUGGGGUCCUCCUCCUCCCCUCCCCCCUCUCUCCAUUAACGACCUUCUCGUCCCUCCCUCUCCCGUAUCUCUACAAACAACCUCUUCACGUUCUCUCCUGAGAUGAACAUUGAUCGCGGGUACGGCGUCGACGUACGGUCGCUCUCGAGCUCUUCGAUCGCGCGCUUUGCUUACGGCUUCACCUCCUCUUCGUCCGCUGAUGCAACAAAUGGCACAUUGGCUUCGCGUGCUAAAGGUGUUCGGUGUGUCUGUAUCCAACGAAAAGGGACUUAUGAACGUAUAUCCAUUAAUUUAACUGCGCUGCAGGAAGAGCGGUUAAGACGUCUGAAGCAUCGGAUUAAAGCAUGCUUUGAUUCCUCACGCCCCGAUCAUCAGGAGGCUCUCAAAGCCCUUUGGUCAGCUGCAUACCCUGGGGAGGAGCUCCAUGGUUUAAUAUCAGAACAAUGGAAAGAAAUGGGAUGGCAGGGAAGAGACCCAUCAACCGAUUUCAGGGGUGCUGGUUUCAUUGCUUUGGAGAACCUGCUCUUCUUUGCAAAAACAUUUUCUGCAUCUUUCCAAUAUGUAUUAAACAAACAGGGAGGAAAACGUGCCACUUGGGAGUAUCCAUUUGCUGUUGCUGGAGUGAACAUUACGUUUAUGAUCAUUCAAAUGCUUGACCUGCACUCCUCAAAACCAAGGACGUUGAUUGGUGCAGUGUUCAUGCAAAUGCUUGCAGAGGACGAAUGGGCAUUCGACCUGCUUUAUUGCAUUGCUUUUGUGGUUAUGGAUGCACAGUGGCUGGCAAAGAAUGCAUCUUACAUGGAUUUCAAUGAUGUUUUGAAGUCAACUCGAGCUCAGUUAGAGAAAGAAUUUUUGUUGGAAGAUGUAUAUCGGAUUGAAGACAUGCCAUCAUAUAACCUGCUCUCUCAGUACUAGCAGCUCUACGUUUUCCCUGUUGGUGCUAUUGCUGAUGCAGAUCAUGCUUCCACUGUAACAUAAACUAACAGCGACGAUUUUAUAGAACUGACCUGUUUCUUUCCCUCCUCUAUUCUUCCAAGUAGCGUUCUUCAUAUAAUUGAAGAGCCUUAUCAUGUCAUCUUUGUAUCUGUAUACUACUAUUUGGCCUCUCAAAGGGUGGAAAUUUGCUCAUUCCCCUGUGGAAUUCUUUUCAUGUCCCUCUUAUUUAAAUGAUUUUGUUAUUACUUUAUUUCA